CUGGGCGACAGAACGCAGACGAAGAGGCGGAGCUUCUGCCUCCCUGACCGGCUGCUCUUGAGAAACCCACCAAUGGAGUGACACCCUUCGCUCACCGCAGCCGCCAAUAGUUUUGGCAAGGAGGCGGGACCGUCAGCAGCCAGAUCAAUCCUAGCCGUCUCGUUGGUCAGCGGGGCAAAAAGAAAGCUCGGAUUUCCCUGAGGCGCCUCAGCCAAUCUGAUGACCGGAGAGCGAAGAGGCGUGGCUCCCAGGGUUUACUUCCGGGUUAUGUCCUUGUGUAUAUCCGGAGAAUGAGUUCUGAAAGGGGGAACGUGGUUCGCACGCGGUCCCAGCGGCACCAGAAUUCGGAGGUCUUCAGGAACGAUAAGCAUGAUACUAGUGCCCUGCGCAAGGUGUGUCACGUGGGUAGGGUGUAGGGUUAUUUUCUCUCUCCUCCUGACAGGAGAGUUGUGGGUCCGACUCCGACGGAAACUCAAUGCAAAACAGCAUGAAGGUCUGUGUCAACAUUGUAAAGAAGUCUUAGAAUGGCGUGUGAAAUUCAACAAGUACAAACCACUAACUAAGCCUAAAAAAUGUGUGAAAUGUCUACAGAAGACUGUCAAGGAUUCUUACCACAUAGUCUGCAAACCAUGUGCUUGUGAGCUGGAUCUAUGUGCUAAGUGUGGGAAAAGUGAAAAAAUAGUUAUGCCGAUUCAGAUGAGCCCAAUGAUGACCAAGAACCAACCUGCUGGAAACGAUCAGCAGAGGAAGAGCGCAGGGGUUAACCUUGAAGAUGGUGAUGGCUUAAACUUAGCUGACUUGGAAGAUGAGGAUGGUCCGGAUUUACUCAUACAAGGAAUUAAAAACUUGACACCUGAAAGGACAGAAGUCAAGUGACCUCUUUGAAGCAAAUGUUCUGAUAUGAAUUGAAUUUGUUGCUAGAGGGCUCUGUGUGUGACUGCUGAAAAACUUUGUAGUGAAAGGGUCCUAAGAAUAACUAUGCUGGAUCAAACCAAUGGCCCAUCUAGACCAGCAUCCUGUUUCCAGCAGUGGCCAGCCAGAUGCCACAGGUUUGCCCACAGGCAGCAGUCUCAGAUGACAGCCUUCACUUGUUGACUUUUGUCCAACUCAUUUGAUUAUAAUAACCAGUUUGCCAUGAUGGAUAUAUCCUUCAUAUAUCUGGCCAGUUCUCAAGCCUUUGCCCACCUUCACAACUCAUAGCAGUGAGUUUUGCAAAUCAAUGGCCUAUUGUGUGAUUGUCCUUUCUUUUUUUUCCUUCCUAGCAGUUGAGUCCUGGUGGGCACCAAACUAAUGAACGUAUUCUUCCUUACACUUGUUAACAAAAUCUGCUAGAGGCUUCUAUUACUUAUUAAAGUUUUAUUUUAAACCAA